CUAGCGCCAUCGUACGGCUUUUUGCAUCAUAACACGUCGCCAAAGCAGGUUGGUGUAGACGUUUCACGACUAGAGGUAGCGGACGGCGAAAGUAGAAUUAUGUCAGCCAACGGACGAGGGUCAAUGCGAGCUCAGAGUCGUUCUCCUCCUUUCAUAGUUAUAGGUCUUUCGGUAGCGUUAGUUAUCCUAGGGGCGAAUUACUGGAAUCUGUCUUCUAAUAACAGCAAGUUGGCGUUCGAGGUGGCUGAACUUCAAGAUCAAGUUCGACAAGUCUCUGCGAAACGAAUCAGCGCUGAAAAGAAGAUAGAUUCCAUGGCAGAGAGUUACAACCGAAACAAGGAGACUUUAGCACAGAAAGAGAGUGACGUAAAAUCCCUGAACGGUCAAGUAGAGGGCAAACUGGAAGAACUGCAGUCAUUGGGCAAAGAAAAGGAGACAUGUCAGAAUAAUUUGAAAAAUUGUGAAGAAAAUAGUAACGGAAUACAACAGGAGUUGCAGAAAGUUAAAGAGGAAGUUGAGCAACUCAAAAAGAAGGAACAAGAAGCAGCCACAAACACUCAGAAAUGUGACAGUGUAUGUGCGGAUAUGAGGAAAAUGAUUAUAGAUGCUGUUGAGAAAACAAUGGGAAUAAAUGCAGUACAAACCUUGCACCAAGCCGGUGUUGAUGUAGGCGAAUAUAAGGACAAGAUUGGGUCUCUGAGCCAAGGCCAAGCACAGCAGCCACAGAAGCCAGUCGUAAAUGAAGCGAAUUCUGAACAGAAACCUGCUCAGCCUCAAGGGGGUGAGAAAUUAGACACCAGCAUAAACAACCAGCCUGGUCAAGGUGCAGCUGAUCCUAAUUCCCAACAACCUUCAGAAGGCAACGCCUUACCACAGGGACAAAUUAAACCUCAGGCAGGCCAGGGGGAGGCUAAUGUGCUUCCAGCUGCUCAGGUUCAGCCCCAGUUGAAUCCCGAACCUAAACCCCUAAAUCCAGACCAAGCUGCUAUUAAACCCCUUGAAAAUCUCAUUCCUAGCAGUAAACAACAGGAGAGUAACAUUAUUCCUCCAGCCCAGUCAAACCCUGACCUCCCCAACCCUCAGGUGAAUCAGCAGGUCCCACCCCCCGGCAACCCUCCCCAGGAACAGGGUGACCCAAAAGUUCCAGAUAACCAUGACAACAACCCUCCUGCGGAUGCUGAUGAUCAGGUACAGCAGCCUGGUCAGAUGGGGGCUACUACAGCUAAACCAGUAACCUCAGGCAUUCAAAACUUGUUAGACAAAUUCCGUAACAACAUUGUUAAUCCAAUCUUCUCAAAUUCUUCUUCUCUGGGAGUGGGGAACUUUCAUAAAUCUCUUGCCUUGAAAGCUGGAGAAAUAGCAAAACAGAACUUCUUGGACAAUUCAAAUCAGUUUAAAAAAGGAAUUAGCAAUAAAACUCUUGUAGACCAGGUCGAUCCAAAGACUGCAGAUCAAGGUCAGGCAGAUGCAAAGAAAUUAGGUCAAGGUCAGGCAGAUAAGAAGACAUUAGGUCAAGGUCAGGCAGAUCCGAGAGAAGCGGGAAAGGAGGAAGUAUCAGCAGAGGUUAAUCCUGUUGGUCAGACUGCUGGUAAGAUGGUAGAAAUGAGCAAAUCCAAGGGUAACAGCAAACCUAAAAUCUCCAAUCAGACCACAGCUAUGUCAAACAAGCAGAUGGCUGGCCAGCAGGCAGCCAAAGACAAAGUUGAUUAUGAUGACUAUGAUGAUGGAGAUGAUAAAAAGACAGGUGGAAAGGGCGACGGCAAAAAGAUGGAGGACGACUAUGAAGAUGACCCGGACGUUGGAGACAACAGGUUGAAGUUUAUUCCUGGAAAUGAAAAGGAGGUUAAGGCAGCAGAUGAUAGUAUAGACACCCUAGAAAAGAAGUUGAAGAAUCAGGACCAGCAAAAGUAAACCUGCUGUUCUACACAACAAAUAAGUUCAACAUCCUGAUUGAGAUACAAUUCCUGUGAUAUUUCAACAUGUGAAAGAGAAAUAUUUCUUUAUUAAUCAAAAAUAUCCAAUGAUGUAUCAGUUUCAGUUAAUUUGUGUUUAAAACUAUUACAGAUCUCGAUGAUAUUGAGUAAAUGUCACAAAACAUGUGUGUCAUAUUCUACAAUAGUUUAGCUACAUUGGCUCUAGCAGAAUAAUGUCCAAUUUUAAGUUAGUCCCUUAAAAUCUUGCAUUUUAAAAAGAAUCUCUUAAAUGUAUUCUUUAGACACAAAAUAUGAAUAUAACUAACAAAGUAAUAGUUAUUUAAUAUCAAAUAAAAUAUAAUUGCAGGUUGGUCUUGGUUUGGAUAUAGUAAUAUUUGUGAUAGUGCUGUAUGCAUUAUUGUAUGUGAUAUUACUAUUAUUUACAAACGAUUAAUCCAUCUUUUGGAUUAAACAUGUCUACUUUAAAUGAGAGUGAAGUUCUUAAAAUAUAUUUCAUCUCUCACUACCCUCAAUAUUCGGUCUUGCUUUUAGUUUUAGUGCUGUGAUAUAAAUUAAUGCUUGUGGCUGCGGAAAAGAAACUUAACAAUUCAUUUCUGUUUCUCUUUUUUUUACGGACUUACAGUAUUUAAGCUUGGAAAGUACUUUCAUGCUAGCUAUAAAUAUCUGAUAAUAUAGCAUAAUUUUUUUUACAAUAUGUUUGUUGUUUCUCAUGUUCAUGUACUUGUUUUUUGGUUCUUUGUUUUAAAGUAGCAAUAUGUGUGUAGGGGUAUCAGAUUGUUAAGUGAUCGUGACCUGGCCACAGAUUGUUAAGUGAUCGUAACCUGGCCAAGAUAAUUUUAUGGAUGAAAAAUGUCAAAGCAAUGAAUUGUGUCUGAUCAGAGAUCACACUAGUGAUGUGCUAUAUGUAUACAUUUACAUUGAGGGUUUAUAUAGUUGGACUUACAAUUGUAUGUACAUUCUUUCAGCACUGUAUAUGUUAUUCAUAUUGUGGGUACUGUACCUAUUAAAAAGGUUUUUGUAGGAUAUUUUUGUGGUACUAUUUACUAUCUAAUAUUGAAUCUUAACUGAAAGAUUUAUGCACGAGAAUAAGCCUUCAGCUAGUAGCUUUCUUGUUUUCUUUUGAUUCAUUUUUACUUGUGUUUUUGAUUAACUGUUUUGAAACCGUGUUGUGAAUACCCUGGUUUUUACACUAUUAUUAUUGAAGAGUUUCAUGUCCAAUACUAAUUAUCAAUUUGUAAUCAUGUAAAUUGAAAAUGUUCAGUCCAGUACAAUUAAUUUUUUUUUAAAAAAUAGUCAGUGACCGACAGAAAUUUAAAUUAAGCUAUAUGGCAUACAGCACUGGCAUCAACACAGACUUUAUAUCCAAGUCUGCUACUUAAUCCAAUGAGUCUUAUAUCGUAUGAUGAUGUAACAGGAUGGUCGUGAAGUGUUGUUUAAUUGGUAUAGAUCGUAGUUUCAUUUUGUCAGUGCUAUAGGUGGUUAAAAAAAUAAUGUCUGUACAUGUUUAUAUGAAGACCAAUCCCAUUAUCAACAGAUAGGAGUUAUUGUUUGUUAGUUAUAUAUGUGCAUAUCAUAUGAGUAAUAUGUUCAGGAGAUGAUCACCUUAUUGUUGAUAUGGCACUGAUCAAAGAGAGUAAUGUAACUUUCCGAGCUAAUGUUUCUCUACUGUAACAGUCUAUAGCAUCCACUUUUAUAUGUCUCUGAAUACUGUGAAUAGUGGAGCGUAUUAUGUUAAUCAUUGUGUUCACCUAACCUUGUCAUUGCAACUUGUCCCACAGAAAUUUGGUGUGUGUGGGUGGGUGUGUCUACAUGUGUGUGAUAAGAAUCACAGGAACUUCCAACAUAUUGUAAAAUGGGGAUUCUGCAGUGAUUUUUACAAGAGUUAUGAACCUUAACUUGUUCGUCAAACAGCACUUAUAGAACUGUAAAGCGCAAUUUGUACAAAAGUUUUCAGCAGAAUCUUUUUAAAUAAGGUAUGUGUGAUUGCAAUCAUAUCAACAUAAACAUGAUAAAAUGGAGAUGUUGCUUUCUAAGUUUUACGACGGUUAUGGUCCUUUGUUGAUCUAACAGUAUAUUUGAACCUGCUGAUUGCAACUGAGUUCCCAGCUUUCACCAGUCUUUUGAGAUUUAGUGCAAAAAAGGGAAAUACUGCCGUACAUUCUGUCUCAAGUUUUUAUUCUUCAAGCAGAUUAGAACCUGACCAUUUGAUUUGAAAUAUAAACAAAUGGAGGCGAUUCCUAUUUAAGAUUUUGUAAAAAACGACGACAAAAGAAACAUUGGGAAUCAAAUGAUAAUCAUUUACAACCCAGUGCAAAAAGUAAUGCAGCAUCCUUCAGUCGUCAGUGACAUGUUUUUCUCUCUCCAACUUAAAGUCAGUCACCUUGAUAUAUUGUGGGUGUGUCACAUUCUGCUAUGAAGGGCUUGUGUACUAGAUAUAGGCAAAACCCCUUAAUAUAUAACAAAAUAGCUUCCGAUUCAUGUGUUGUGUAUAUUGACGAUGAUGUGAUAGUUCAAGACCUUUUACUCCUUCAGAGAGCUACGUUUGAUAUCUUGAUGUUUACUCGACUUUGGUAUCGAGAGAUAAGUAUAUCUGUGGCUAUCAGAUAUUGACAGUUCUGAGGAAGGUAGUAUAAAGUGUGUACAUAAGAUUGGGAACUAGUAAAUGUAUGUGAGUGUCAUUUCAAGUUCAUAUAGUCUAUUAUUGAUUUAACAACAUUCCAUACCUUUGUAAAUCUCAGAUUUCCUGUGUUGUCCUUAAGUGUCAGUUUUAAUAUGGUUUACUUGAACCAUGAUAAUGUGGUCACAAAAUCUGGAAAAAAUCAUAUUCUGGACUUUUAGGUGAAAAGUAAGGAAGUUGAACGUUUAUGUAACAAUAAGUAACACAGUCGUUUAAUUGGUCUCGAUGACCAUGGCAAUUAAACGUUUUAUGUCUAGGGUUAUACAAUACUGUAAAUCAAGCUAAUUUGUGUGUUGAAAAUUACACCUUUUUCAAACAAUUGAUCUUUUGUGUAUUUCCAUACAGAUGUUAAGAUCUGAGUAGCUAUAUAUGUAGCACAUCCAACAGAAAAUACAUGUAGAUCCAACCUAGUUAAGAUUGUAUGCCUAUAUAUAUAUCUGCUGUUGAACAAAUUGUUUUAUACAUGUAUUAAAAACAUGGAAGCAAUCCAUUUCCUCUACAAUUACAUUAUUCAGGUGAUCCCAUCGUUUAUGUGUAUAUAAAAAUUACAAAAUAUGAAUGAAAUUCCAUGUCGUUGUGUGUAUUACUGAAAAACGAAAAAAAUUGUCCUCAAAGAUUUGGCAGACGAAAAAUAUUGUGAUUUUCAGUACUUUGUACAGCCGAGAAAACAAGCUUUUACUAGACAACACAGUGGCAAGGACAGCUCAUAUAAAAGCUGUGAUCUCUUCAUUGACUAAGGGCUAUUUCAGUUUUAAAAUAUCCCCUACCCAUGGAUGGAAAAAUGAUUAUGUGGAAGGUAAUUAAUAAGUGUCUAAAGGUAAAAAGGCCACUGUAUGCAUAAGAAUGAAAUAAACUCCUCUUUAGACUGCGAGAGUAAUUAGGUUCUUUCUAUGGGAACUGGAAAUUUGAAGUGGAAUAGCCCUGAAUUUAUUGCUCUAGAUUCCAUCUAGCUCCAUUUAUUAUUAUAGAUAUCAUAUUUUUAGCCCACCAUAAUCAGAUGGAGGGCUAUUCAAAUCGCCCUGCACCCGUUGUCUGUCCGUCAUUCCAUCCGUCCUUAAGCAAUUCUUCUCAGAAAAUACUGGAGGGAUCUUUCUCAAAUCCUACAUGAAGGUUACUUAUAAUUCCAAGUUAUUCAUAUCAGUUUUUGGGACUGAUCAUAAAACCAAGAUGGCCGACACAGCCAUCUUGAAUUUGAGAGUUGAAGUUUGUUAAUGCUAUUUCCCAUAACUUAUUGCAAGAAUCUUUCUCAAAUUUCACAUGAAGAUUCCCCAUGAUCCUUAAUUAUGCAAAUCGUGGUUUUGGGACUGAUCACAAAACCAAGAUGGCCGACAAGCAGCCAUCUUGAAUUUGAGUUCAGUUUGUUAGCACUGUUUUUCAGAAAGUUCUGGAGGGGUCUUUCUCAAAAUUUUCAUGAAAUUUUCCCAUGGUCCUUAGUUACGCAUAUUACAUUUUUGGACAGAAGGGAAAACCAAGAUGGCCAAUAGAUAGCCAUCUUGAAUUUGAAAAUGAAAGUUUGUUAUCAUUAUUUUUCUGAAUGCACAUGAAGGUUUCCAAUGGUUCCUUCCUAGUUAUGCAUUUCAAAUUUCAAAACCUCAAAAGUUAACAUACACAACCCUGAGUUAUGUAUGUUAACUUUUGAGGUUGAUAA